AUGUACUGGUACCGGCAGGACCUGGAGCAGGGACCAAACCUCAUGUUUUACUUCCUAUAUCAGAAGCUUUCAGAAAACAUGAUGGUCCCACAACGCUUCCAACCGAACUGUCCGAGAGCUGGCAGCUGCACACUGAACAUCGGUGCCACAGAGCUGGGCGACUCCUCGGUGUUCCUGUGUGCCAGCACCCCCCUGCAUAGGACACCCACUCAGCCAAUGGGGAAGAGACAAGAUUGUGACAUCACAAGCAGACACACCCCAGUUGGAUCAGAGGAGCCCAAGUCCCACAUUUCAGGGGGAAACAGCCUCGAGCUGGGAGAAGGCCCAGUCCGCCCCAACCCCGUCAUGGGCCCCGGGCCAGUGUGGUUGGUGGCUGUUUGUGUUCUGAGAGCAGGCCCCAUGGACGCUGGAGUCACCCAGACCCCCAGGCACCUGGUCACCAGCCAGGGACAGAACGUGAUGCUGAGCUGUGUGCCUAUUUCCUCGCACUAUGUAUUGGUCUGGUACCGGCAGCGCAUGGGGAAAGGAUUGGAGUUAUUGAUGUCCUUCCAGAACAAACAGCCAGUGCAGGAAAUGCAAUCUAACGACAGCUCUCGGUUCUCCAUCUCAUGGUUCCAGGAAAAGUCCUGCCACCUGCACUUGAACCCCAGCUUGACCAGUGACUCAGCCGUUUACCUGUGUGCGAGCAGUGCAGACACAGCACUGCACAGCCCUCUGACUUCCGUGCACAAACCUCCCUUCCCAGCACAGGAAGCAGGCACAGACCUAUGCCAGGCCCAGGGCUGGGGGGAUGGGUGGGAGUCAGACCCCAGUUGCUUUCCCAACAACAAUAGCAACAAUGCUGGUACUUGUUAA